GUAAACCGAUUCAAAACUGAUACGCGCUUAGUGAAUCUUUAUAGAAGAAGCCGUUCACGCAUUAAAGCUCUUCUGAAGAGUUAAUUAAAAAUAUAUAUCUCAGUAUACCAGUCAUUUCUAUUAUUUAACGGAUUUACUCAUGACAAUAGCUGGUCAGAAUGGCAUCAGACUGGAUUGGCUGUCUUGUUUCGAUCCACUGUGGACCAACUCUGGGAGUUUAUCAAGGAGAAGUGUCUUCAGUAGAUCAGAGCAGCCAGACCAUCUCUCUCAGACACCCCUUCCACAAUGGAGUCAAGUGCACAGUGCCUGAGGUCACUUUCAGUGCCAUGGACAUUAAAGAUCUCAAAAUCCUGGAGAUCCGUAAGAGCACAACUGAAGUCCCAAAGCAGAAUGGUCCUGACUCCAGCUCCACAUUGAUGCCGCAGGGCGGAUGCAAGGAUAAGGGUGGUGCUGCACUGGGCAAUAGCGCUCCUCUUACAGUACCAAAUAAAACGGAACCCAAAAUACAGGAAGGAGGGGUGUCUCCAGUGCCACCCUACUCAAAGAGUUAUGGUGAACGUCACAUGGACAUGGCUGCUCAAAAUAAAUUCUUUAGACGAAGACACAACUCCUGGUCGUCUAGUUGCAAAGGUCCAAAUCAGGCCACUCCGAAAAAGAAUGGGCUGAAGAAUGGAGGUCUAAUGAAGAACAAAGAUGAUGAAUGUUUUGGAGACGGUAUGGAAGAUGUUCCCGAUGAGGACUUUGAUUUUGAGGGGAACCUGGCGCUCUUCGACAAGGCUGCGGUGUUCUCGCAGAUCGAAUCGUCAGAACGGCGAGGCAAUGGUGCGAGAUCUAGAGGUACGCCUGGAGAGCAAACGCCAUCACGAUACCGGCACGACGAGAACAUCCUAGAAGCCAAACCCGUCGUCUACAGACAGAUCACUGUUCCACAGAAUGAAACGAAAGAAUAUAGCACUGACUCAGGGCUGGUGGUACCCAGCAUCUCUUUCGAGUUGCACAAGCGUUUAAUAGCUGCGGCAGAAAGUCAUGGUCUGUCUCUGGAGCGCAGGCUUGAAAUGACAGGUGUAUGUGCGAGUCAGAUGGCCCUCACGCUGCUUGGAGGUCCGAACAGACUUACCCCAAAAAAUGUGCAUCAACGGCCCACAGUAGCUCUACUGUGUGGACCACAUGUCCAGGGUGCUCAGGGGAUCAGCUGUGGCCGGCACUUGGCCAACCAUGAAGUGGAGGUCAUCCUUUUCCUGCCAAACUUUGUCAAGAUGUUGGAGGCCAUCACCAGCGAACUUGCACUCUUUGGGAAGACGGGAGGCAAACUGGUUUCAAAUGUGAAAGACUUGCCCGAGACGCCGGUUGACCUAGUCAUAAACUGCCUGGAUUCGCAUGAAAAUGGAUUCUUGAGGGAGCAGCCCUGGUACAAGGCUGCCGCCGACUGGGCCAACCAGAACCGAGCCCCGGUACUGAGCAUCGACCCUCCUGUAAGCGGACAGGCACAUGCCGUGGAAGCAAAAUGGUCACUUUCCCUCGGCCUCCCGCUGCCUGUGUCCGAGGACGCCGGCCGAGUCUACCUGUGUGACAUCGGCAUUCCCCGACAUGAUCAAAUACCACUCCCCCUUUGGAUGUAAAUUCGUCAUUCCGUUGCACUCUGAAUAAGCCAUUGACUUUCACGGUCAAGGCUCACUGAACCUGCCUUAAAGAUUUUAAGUAUGAACGGACCUCAGUUUGAAUGUUGCAGCAGAACUGAAACUUCUCAGUCUCUAUUUUUUCUCAAAUUCUUCUAUACUUCUGUGAUGAUUCCCAUAAAAGGGAAGUGAUAGCAAAUGAUACCAGCUCUUGUGACAAACCUGAUCUGAUAAAAGCAGAACCAACAUCAUUAUACUCACCGUCUGCUGCAUUCGUACAGUCUUACAAUAAUCCUUCUCACAGCCAUUUUAAUAUGCAAGGCUGAUCUUUUUGGAUAAGACAACUUUUAUAACCAAUUAAAUAUGUAGUAGUGUCACAAAACAGCAACUGGCUCACACUUAAUACGACUUGAUUGGUCUUAUGGCAUUUUUGAAUGUCGUUUUGUUACUUUCAGCAUCUUAAAUAGAAGAAUUCGUUUUUAGUUCUUCGUCAAAUGUGCUGAUUUAGAUAGUCUUUACAUUUCCCCACAGAAAAAUGUGCAUUAGAUGGGGCUUUGGUCUUUUUCCCCAUGCUUUUUUU